UACUUGCUACCGAGCUCCAAUGAAGAUGAGCAAUGGCAGCUGGUUACGAAUACCACUAUGGAUACCACUAUUGGUGAUUGCCUUUACACAUAACAAAGUCCAUGCUCAGUUUUCACAACAGGAGCAAAAACCAGAAUAUGAUGACCUGUCUAUCCAGCAGCGACAAGACAAUUUUUCUCCUUCAGUUACCAGACCCCCAGAAGUGACUAUCAUUCCACCAUUGGGAAAGACACUGGCAGUAAAGCCUGGCAACCCAGCUCACAAUGGCCGUGUAUGCAGUACCUGGGGAAACUUCCACUUCAAGACCUUUGAUGGAGACAUCUUCCAGUUCCCUGGGCUCUGCAACUAUAUCUUUGCAUCUAACUGUAAAGCCAGCUAUGAGGACUUCAACAUCCAGAUCAGACGCUCCAUAAUAGAAAACACCACCCUCAUUAGCCAUGUCAGCCUGAAGCUGGAUGGAAUGGCCAUAGAACUGACCAGGAACGCCACAGUGGUUAAUGGCAACCCGGUACAGCUGCCUUUCAGCCAGUCAGGAAUCCUGAUGCAGAAAAGUAACCACUACUUUAAAAUCACGGACAAGUUGGGCUUGGUCUUCAUGUGGAAUGAAGAGGAUGCUCUCCAGGUGGAACUGCAUGAGAAAUAUGCUAAUCAGACCUGUGGGCUUUGUGGGGACUUCAAUGGGAUUUCAACCUACAAUGAGUUUGUGUCCAACAAUAUCAAGCUGACCCCUUUACAGUUUGGGAAUUUGCAGAAGCUGGAUGGACCCACAGAGCAAUGCGAGGAUCCACUACCUUUUAAACCUCUUGCAAACUGCUCAAGUGAAUUUAAUUCUAUAUGCCAAGCAGUACUGACAGGUGAAGCAUUUGUAAGCUGUAAUGCACUAGUUGACGUUCAAGAGUAUAUCAGCGCUUGCAUACAAGACUUGUGCCACUGUGAAGAACCUGAAUCCUGCAUGUGUAACACCUUUGCUGAAUACUCCCGGCAAUGUGCCCAUGCUGGUGGGGAACCUCUGAACUGGAGAACUUCAGGACUCUGCACCAAAUCAUGCCCUUUCAACAUGCAGUACCAGGAGUGUGGCUCCCCCUGCCCAGACACCUGCACCAACCCCGAAAGAUCUCAGCUCUGUGAAGACCACUGUACAGAUGGCUGUCUUUGUCCUCCAGGAACUGUGUAUGAUGAUAUUAACAACAGUGGAUGUAUCCCCCACGAACAAUGCUACUGCACCUACAAAGGGGAAGCAUAUGCUCCAGGGGCCAAAUUUACAUCCACAUGCAGUUCCUGCACAUGUACUGAUGGCCAGUGGGUUUGUGUCAGCUUUUCAUGCCCUGGGACAUGUAGUAUUGAAGGAGGGUCCCACAUCUCCACAUUUGAUGAGAAACGUUUCACUUUCUUUGGAGACUGUAACUAUGUACUGACAAAGCUUUGUGACAGUAAUGACUUCACUGUCCUGGGAGAAAUCCGUAAAUGUGGCCUAACUGACACUGAGACAUGCUUGAAAGGAAUAACCAUAAGUGUUGGUGGAGGACAAAAUAUCAUUGCAAUCAAAUCUUCUGGCAGUGUCUUUGUGAACAAGAUCUACACCCAGCUGCCCUUCUCUGCAGCCAAUGUCACCAUCUUCAAGCCAUCAUCAUUUUUCAUUAUUGCACAAAGAAGCGAUCUUCAAGUAGUGAUCCAGCUUGUACCCAUCAUGCAAGCGUAUGUAAAUGUGGAACCAGCCCACAAAGGGCUGACAUGUGGUCUCUGUGGAAAUUUCAACAAUAUACAGGCAGAUGACUUCAAAGCCGCAAGUGGUGUAGUUGAAGGAACAUCAGCUGCUUUUGCUAACACCUGGAAAACCCAGGCAGAUUGUCCUAAUGUCAAAAACAUCUUUGAGAGCCCCUGCACUCUCAGCAUAGAAAAUGAACAAUAUGCUCAGCACUGGUGUGGAUUGCUUACUGCCACCACUGGACCCUUUGCCAAGUGCCACUCAACAGUGAAUCCAGAUGUUUACUAUGUGAACUGUAUGUUUGACAGCUGUAACUGUGAGAACAGUGAGGACUGCAUGUGUGCGGCCCUCUCAACGUACGUCAAAGCCUGUGCUGUCAAGGGAAUCCAGCUGAAUGGUUGGAGGGCUGGUGUCUGCACAAAAUACACAACCACGUGUCCCAAAACCAUGACAUACAGCUACACUGUUGAUUCCUGUGAACCGACCUGCCGGUCUCUGAGCGAGCCAGAUAUCACAUGCAACAUCCAGUUUGUUCCAGUUGAUGGCUGUACCUGUGAAAAGGGAACCUACAUGGAUGAAAGUGGCAAAUGUGUGCCUCCUACUAGCUGCCCUUGUUACUACAAAGGAUCCAUUCUACAUUCUGGAGAAGUUGUUCAUGACAAUGGUGUUGUCUGCUCUUGCACACGUGGCAAACUGAACUGUAUUGGAGCCAAACCAGCACCAGCAUGUAAAUCUCCAAUGGUCUACUUUAACUGCACCAACACCGCUGCAGGUGUAACUGGAGCUGAGUGCCAGAAGAGCUGUCAGACUCUUGAUAUGGAAUGCUACAGCACACAAUGUCUCUCUGGCUGCAUUUGUCCUGGCAAUCUAGUGGCAGAUGGGCAAGGUGUCUGCAUACCGGCAGAAGAGUGUCCAUGUGUUCACAAUGAGAACUCCUACAAACCAGGGGAAACAAUCAAAGUUGGCUGUAACACUUGCACAUGUAAAAACAGACAGUGGCAAUGCACCAAUGAAUCUUGUCUGGCAACCUGCACUGUUUAUGGAGAUGGGCAUUACAUCUCUUUUGAUGGCAAACGCUACACCUUCAGUGGAGAUUGUGAAUACACAUUGGUCCAGAACUAUUGUGGUACGAACAACAGCAGCCUGGGAGGAACCUUCCGAGUUAUCACUGAGAACAUCCCCUGUGGUACCACUGGAACCACUUGCUCAAAGUCCAUUAAAGUUUUUAUGGGGAACUAUGAACUGAUACUCAGUGAUGGGAACUAUGAAGUGAUUCAGAGGGUCCCUGGAGGGGAAAUGCCAUUCACAAUCCGCUUCAUGGGUAUCUACCUGGUGGUUGACACUGAUGCUGGACUAAUACUCAUGUGGGAUAAGAAAACCAGCCUAUUUAUUAAACUCAGCUCUAAUUUUAAGGGUCAGGUCUGUGGCCUGUGCGGAAACUUUGAUGGAAAUGGCAUCAAUGACUUUACCACUAGGAGUCAGUCUGUGGUAGGAGAUGCGAUAGAGUUUGGAAACAGCUGGAAAGUGUCUCCUUCUUGUCCAGAUACCAAAGUGAGCAAGAAUCCUUGCACUACAAACCCUUACAGGGCUUCCUGGGCAAAAAAACAGUGCAGCAUCAUCACCAGCACAGUAUUUGCAAGCUGCCACUCUCAGAUUGAACCAAAUGAAUAUUAUGAGGCAUGUGUGACGGAUGCUUGUGCAUGUGACACUGGGGGAGAUUGUGAAUGUUUCUGUACAGCAGUAGCUGCAUAUGCUCAAAAAUGUAAUGAGGCUGGCAUCUGCAUUUCAUGGAGAACCCCAUCCAUUUGUCCUGUCUUCUGUGAUUACUACAACCCAAAAGAGGAAUGUGAGUGGCACUACAAGCCAUGUGGGGCCCCAUGUAUAAAGACCUGCAGGAACAAAAGUGGAAAUUGCAGUCAUGAACUACAAGGCCUGGAAGGCUGCUACCCAAACUGUCCAGAUGAAAAACCCUAUUUUAAUGAAGAAAAUAUGAAGUGUGUUGAAACCUGCGGCUGUUAUGACAAUACGGGGAAAUAUUACACACCAGGAUCAAAGAUUCCUUCAGAAAAAAACUGUUAUUCAUGUGAAUGCACACUUGAAGGCAAAAUCAAUUGCACGUACAAUAAACAUGACUGCAGUUGCACAUAUGAUGGAAAGACUUAUCCAUAUCAGGCUGUCAUCUACAACACUACAGAUGGUAUUGGUGGAUGUAUGGUUGCAGCUUGUGACCUGGAUGGAAAAAUCAACAGAACUGUCUAUGAGUGUCAUGUAACCACAACACCAUUUGUAUUUACCUCUUCAACACCUAUAACUACCACUGCAGUACCAUCAACUAUAUCACAAUGUGUUCAUGAAGUAUGUAAAUGGUCACAGUGGUAUGAUGUGACUUAUCCAGACACUGGAGAAAAUGAUGAAGACUUUGAUACAUUUGAUAACUUAAGAGCUGAAGGUUACAAAAUCUGCAAAGCUCCAAAGGAUGUCGAAUGCAGAGCAAAGGAAUAUCCAAACACACCAUUAAAUGAAAUUGGGCAAAAAGUAGAAUGCAAUACAACAGCAGGUCUUAUAUGUUAUAACAAGGACCAAUAUCCAAUGAAGUGUGACAAUUAUCAGAUCAAAAUCUACUGCUGUACUUUUGUACCAUGUGAAUACAAAACUCCAACUACAAUAAACCCAACUGAAACAGCAACUACUGUCGCAGAAACUAUUCCUCCAGAAACCACUACAACUUUUAUACAUUCCACAGCUACAGCACAACCUACCUCCACAAAAUAUAAAACAACAACACUAUCAACGAGUACCAUGACAACCACAAGUCUUUCAACAACUUCAGUCCCAGAACCAAUCACCAUGACAAGCUCCAUUCUACCAACCACAGGUGCAAAACCUAUAACCACUAUUUCUUCAACAAUUGCUCCUUGCACAAAGGAAAUCUGUAAAUGGUCACAGUGGUACAACACACAUUAUCCAAUGUAUGGAAUCAAUGAUGGAGACUUUGACACGUUAAAAAACAUAAAAGCAAAAGGAUAUUCUAUUUGUGAAACACCAAAGAAUGUUAAAUGCAGAGCACUAAGGUUCCCCAAUACAAGUUUGAAAGAUUUAAACCAAAAUGUUACAUGCAGCAAAACCGAAGGCUUAAUCUGCUAUAACAGAGAUCAAUUCCCACACAUAUGCUUAGACUAUGAAAUACAAAUUGAAUGCUGUAAAAAUGAAAGCAUACCAUGCCAAACAACUCUACAAACAAAACCAGUUGUAAUACGUACAUGGACAACAACAGUUCCCAUAAAAGAGCAGGUUAAUGGAACACAAACAACCACAACUGCUACAACCAUGCCAACCAGCACAAAGACCACUAUUUCCACCCAGAGCACAACGCAUACUCUCCCUCACACCUCCACGACUGUCACAACUGCCAUCCAGUCCACCACCCAUUUGUCUACACAACCCACCCACUCAACCACAGCCACAGAAACAUCCCCACCACCUACAACCAUGACAGCCAGCACAAAGACCAUUAUUUCCAUCCAGAGCACAAUGCAGACCUUCCCACAUACCUCCACAACUGUCACACCUGUCACCCAGCCCACCACCCUUUUUUCUACACACCCCACAUACUCCAAAUUGACUCCAAGCACUACAACCCAAGUACCCAGGACAAGGGGCACCACAGCCUCUCCACCCACCGUGAGGCCCUCAAUCACAACCCCAAGCACUGCGUCCACUACAGCAACCACUACAGCAACUACUGCUUGUGCUCCUAUAUGCACCUGGAGCAAAUGGCUUGAUGUUGAUUCCCCCUCCUCAGGACCUGGAGAUGGAGACUGGGAAACCUAUCACAACUUUAGUGCAGCGGGAGUUUCAAUUUGUGGACACCCUGAAGACAUUGAAUGUCGGGCAGAAAACUUUCCUAAUGUUAGUAUUGAGAACAUUGGUCAAGUCUUGCAGUGUGAUGUCAGUUUUGGCCUUGUUUGCAAGAAUGAGGAUCAGGUUGGGAAUUUCAAGAUAUGCUUCAACUACCAGGUUCGCAUUAGGUGCUGUGAGGAAAACCCCAAGUGCCCAUGGACAACCACCAUCCCAGGGACCACAGCAUUUAGCACACCUUCAACAUCUGUUAUUUCUAGAAGAACAACACCCAGUGUUUGUUACUGCCAUGUCUGGGAAAGGUAUUAUCAACCUGGUGAAGUGAUUUACAACACCACAGACAGUGAUGGAUGUGUUUUUUACGCCAUUUGUACUAGCAAUUGUUCAGUUUCUAGAUUCCAGGAAUGGUGUAAUACAUCCACACCAGCAACAACAACACCAGCAACAACUAUUGCACAAACAGUCACCGUGUCUACUAUUAUAACACCCCAUACAGGAUGCCAGAAGAUCAAGCCACAUAGAAAGAAUGGUGAGACUUGGAAUCUAUCUAACUGCACAAUAGCCAAGUGUGAGAAUGACACGGUUGUUGUAGAAAACAGAUAUUGCCCUCCUGCAAGGGAAAUUACCUGUGCAAAUGGAUACCCACCAGUAUUGGUGACUGAUGAAACUGGCUGCUGUCGCCACUAUGAAUGUCAAUGUACAUGUAGUGGCUGGGGGGAUCCUCAUUACCUUACUUUUGAUGGAACCUAUUACACCUUCCUACAAAACUGCACAUAUGUCCUGGUGCAGCAGAUUAUACCUGUGUACGACAACUUCCGGGUUUACAUUGACAAUUAUUUCUGUGAUGCACAAGGCGGACUUUCCUGUCCUAAAGCCAUUAUUAUUUUCUACAAUUCUUCAAAAAUAGUGAUGACCCGUGAAACUGGUAGUGGAGUUCAGGCUAACAAGAUUUAUUUCAAUGAAAAACUUGUCGAACCAGGCUUCAAACAUGAUGCCAUUUUGAUUGCCACACGUGGUAUUCAAAUGAUUACUGAAAUACCUGAGAUUGGAGCCAUCAUCACAUUUAAUGGAUACAUCUUCUCAAUACAACUCCCCUACAGCAAAUUUGGCAACAACACUGAAGGACAGUGUGGCACAUGCACAAAUAACAAAUCAGAUGAAUGCCGCUUGCCAGAUGGUCAGAUCAUUUCUUCUUGUCCCAAAAUGGCUUAUCAUUGGAAAGUUUAUGACAAUCAGCCUUGUUUGACACCACCACCUACCAUUACAACACCUCCUCCACUUAUCCUGUGUUAUACUGCUGAACCCUGCCAGAUUAUUUUGAGCAAAGUUUUUGAAGAAUGUCAUAAGGUGAUCCCACCAGAACCUUUUUACAAGGGUUGUGUUUUUGAUGGAUGUCGCAUGAGGAAGCCCGCUAUACUGUGUUCAAGCUUGGAGAUGUAUGCUUUUUGGUGUGCCAGCAGAGGUGUUUGCAUUGACUGGAGAAAUGAAACCAAUGGGACAUGCCCAUUCACCUGUCCAGUGGAUACAGUGUAUAAGCCAUGUGGACCUCUUAAUCCUCCAACUUGUGACCCAAGGGCUGUUCAACUCAGCGGCCUUGGCCCAACUGAAGGAUGUUUCUGCCCUGAAGGAAAGACUUUCUUGCAUUCAGAUAGUGAUACAUGUGUCUCUCAAUGCUCUUGUGUGGGUCCACAUGGAGAGUCCAAAGCGCCUGGAACAACAUGGGAGAGUGAUUGCCAAGACUGUUUCUGUGACAACUCCACUGUUAAAGUGCACUGUGAACCACACAAAUGUCCACAAGUCAGUCCAGUGUCUUGUGAUAAGGCAGGGUAUGUCCCUGUGGAAACAUGGACAAAAGAUGACAAAUGCUGUCCCCAUACCAAAUGUUGCUGCAACAUCAGCUUUUGCCCUGAAUCCAUAAAGAAAUGUGAAACGGGCUAUGAGCCAUAUUUAGAAAUUUUAGAAGGAGGUUGCUGUUCUGUCCUUAGAUGCAGUAAGUACCAGGCUUUUUUUAUUGUGCAUGAACCAGCCGGUAAAAUUGUUAUUUACUGGAUAGGGCUGCUAAAGCUUAUUCAGUAGACAAUAUUGUUGAAUAAAACACUGAAUGCAGCAGGGUAAAAAUCAGUUGCCUUCUGUUAUCAGAUUUUGUCAACAAAAU